AUGCUGCGCAAACAAGCUAGGCAGCGGAGGGACUACCUCUACAGGCGCGCGACGGCCCUGAAGGAAGCAGAGACCGCAGAGAAGAGAGCCCAGUUGAGGGAGGCCCUGGCGUCAGGGAAAGCAUUGGACCCCUCCAUUGCGAAAGAUCAAAAACUCCGAAAGGACUACCAAUACGAUGAAGCUGGCGACAUCAACGCAGCGGCGGAUCAGCUCGACGACGAAUACGCCGCAACUUCGGGCCUGAGCGAACCGAGAAUUCUUGUCACAACUUCUCGAGAUCCCUCCAGCAGACUCGCAGCCUUCUCCAAGGAGAUAAGGUUGCUGUUUCCCACCUCGGUCCGGCUCAAUCGUGGCAACCUCAUUCUGCCUGACCUUGUCAUGUCUUCCAAGACGAACGGGUUGUCCGAUCUUGUUCUACUGAGCGAGCAUCGAGGUACACCCACGGCUCUGACCGUCAGCCACCUGCCUUUUGGGCCUACCGUGUCCUUUUCUCUACACAACGUGGUCAUGAUGGCCGAAAUCAAGAGCCUUGGCACAGUCAGCGAGCAAUAUCCCCAUCUCAUCUUUGAAGGUUUCAAAAGCCCACUAGGAAAGCGAAUCGUCACCGUGUUGAAGCAUCUGUUCCCACCGAGGGAGCCCAUAACGAGCAAGAACCAGGUUGGAAGCCGAGUUGUCACCUUUGUCAACGAAGACGACUGUAUCGAAGUCCGACAUCACGUCUUCGUUCGAACAUCCUACGACUCAGUGGAGCUGGCUGAGGUUGGGCCUCGAAUGACCAUGAGGCCGUUUGAGGUCAGAGCCGGAACGUUGGAGGCCAAGGGCGACGUGGAGUGGCACCUCUCACAGUACACGCGUACGGGCCGCAAGAAGAAUUACCUGUGA